AUGCCACCGUGCCGGCACCGUGGCUGGCUUGAGGUCGCCGACGGCCACGACACUCUCGCGUCCAAUGGCCACGGCUUUACCCUCCAUGUUUCCGACCGGCUCGAUCGCUUGGUGGAGGGACUCCCUUAUCCGCCGGAACAGCGGCCGAGUCUCGUCUUGAUGCUAGGUGCCAUCCGAAGGGACAAGGCACUACGGGCUCUCCAAGGUUCAAGAGGAGAGUGUGUUCGUGAUUUCAGCCACCACGCGGAUGUAGAAUUAGUACUCGACUCACGCACUAGAUCCUCUCAGCGGCCCAUAUUAUUCGCUAGUGGACACCAGACUAAAGGCCUGAGUUCGUCUGAGGCAGGGACCGUGGCCAGAUGUCACCGCACCUUAGAUUUGGAUAUGGCCGACGCCCACGGGACGUCGUGGUCCCAGGCGGGGAAGUGGCCGGCUGACCUUCUGAGCGCUCGACUUGUCGCGCCGUUGGCCGACGUCGUGUGUGUUUUCCUGUCAGACUUCUCAAGUCUAGAGAAGGCGUCAGAGCGACUCGAGGCAUGGAUUCGACUAGGAGCACCUUCGUCGCUUCCCGAUUCCGUUCGACCCUAUCUGAUCCUAGUAGAAGACGAGGUACCGACACGCCGGCGACGUGCGGACGUGGUGCGCGAACGGCUAUCACGGUGGUGCCAGGGCUCGAUCGCCAGUGUUUUCUCAGGGCAGAUCACGGUUGAGCUGCCGAAGCACUGUUCUUCCAGGCGAUCCCGUGAGUAUGCCCCACUUAGGAAGGCCAUUCAGGACCAGGUGCAACAGUCGGAGCGCGCUCGACAGGAAACCGGAACUCUCUUUUCCGCCCGUCAUAUGGCCGCGUUCUUUAACCGCCAACUCGGUCACUUCCGCAGUGCCCGUCUCGAACCCUUCAACUUCCUUCACGCGACGCGCCUCCACGAUCCUGUCCCGGGUCAGCUAAGUGACUCAUUGGCAGAUUUCAUAAAAGACUUCCGGACUCGCGGCAGUCUAUCGUGCCUGGCGGUGCCUCUCGUGGCGGCGUGCCUUUUCCUCAAUCACUACUGCACCACAAGGUCUCUUUUUCAGCCGGCGGACGUCUUUGCCGCGUUCUAUGCGGGCCCCUGCCUCGCCGCCUUCGAGCGCACUGCGCCUGGUCGAGGCGAGGGCAGUCUCUCCCCUCAAACUUUAAGAUACCUGACAGAGGAGAAGUUUAGGGCUCUAUUCGAGACCUGGCAGGCGGGCUCAGCCGGUGUGAGGGAGCUACAUCGGCGAUGCCUGCGACGCCUCAAAGGGCACUGGCAGAAAUACCGCACCGAACUGGCCUGCCGUCGCUGUCUCGUCGCGUGGGCCCCAGAAUAUCGGUUGACAUGUGGUCAUCGAUUAUGCGAGGCUUGCGUGCGAGCGGAAGGCACGAAUUCGAAGACCGAUCCAUGCACGUAUCGCAUCGCAACUUGUCCUUUAUGUGGCAGCGACACCGGGGAAGCGGUGAUCUACGUGAAACCGACCUUAAGCGGCCACCGCAUCUUGAGUAUCGAUGGUGGAGGCUGCCGGGGCAUCAUUCCUCUCACAUUCUUAGGGGAGUUAGAACAACGUCUCGGCAUUCCCGGAAUCGCACAUCGAGCAUUUGAUAUUGUCUUCGGGACGAGCUCGGGUGGAAUUGACUGUGUCGGUGUCUUUCACCAAGGAUGGUCGAUUCGACACUGUCAGACCCUAUUCCAGAGUGUCGCCCGUAACAUCUUCGUCCGCCAGGUAACACGCCGUCCUCGGGUGAUGCCGAACGUCCAACAAGCGGUGGUGAACUUCCUCCGGGAGACCCUAUAUCCCGCUGAAGUCAUCAAUCGCGCCUUACAGUCCGCAUUUGGUCUCGCGACCCUCCUUGAUGAUCCGACUUCCUUCGCCGCCCGGUACGGUAUUAAACUAGGCCUGACCGCCGCCACAGUCGGCGGACCUAUGCAGAAAAUUCUAUUUACCAAUUACAAUGGCUUUGGCCAUCGACUCAAGGAAUGCGGUACGGAUCGCCUCCUUUCAUAA